AUGACGGACCGUAUUAAUGUAUUUCCUUCUCGAAUGGCCUUGACCCUGAUGAAGGCCAGGCUAAAGGGAGCCCAGAAAGGUCAUAGUUUACUGAAGAAAAAAGCUGAUGCAUUGACUCUGAGAUUUCGUGCCAUCCUCAAGAGAAUUAUUGAGACUAAAAUGCUGAUGGGAGAAAUUAUGAAGGAAGCUUCCUUUUCUUUGGCUGAAGCUAAAUUUACGACUGGAGACUUCAACCAUAUCGUCCUUCAGAAUGUUAAUAAAGCACAAAUUAAAGUUCGAUCCAAGAAAGACAAUGUAGCCGGUGUUACUUUGCCAAUCUUUGAACACUAUCAGGAUGGCAGUGACAGUAAUGAACUGACCGGUCUGUCACGAGGUGGUCAGCAAAUUGACAAACUAAAGAAGAACUAUGCCAAAGCUGUUCAGCAUUUGGUGGAACUGGCCUCUUUGCAGACAUCAUUUGUUACACUUGAUGAAGUCAUCAAAUUGACCAACAGGCGUGUCAAUGCCAUUGAACACGUCAUCAUCCCUCGUAUUGAACGUACUUUGAAUUACAUAACUGGGGAACUUGAUGAGAGGGAAAGAGAAGAAUUCUACAGGUUAAAGAAAAUCCAAGAAAAAAAGAAGAAACUGCAAAAAGCAAAGGAACGUGAAAAUGAGGAAAGGAAGAAACGAGGAAUCGUGGUGCCAACAGCAGCCAAUCUUCUUGAUGACGAACAUGAUGAAGACUUAUUGUUUACUGACUGA